UGUUUUCUUUUCUCUCUGCUUACAAAAAAUCAAUCUUCUUUGAUACUACUACUAAUCUACUACUAUCUAUUACAUUCAAUCACCUUCACUUCUUCUUCUUCUUCUUCGUGCUCCCGACGGAAGUUUAAUCGGAAAUCGUCGUCUUCUGCUUCGUCGUUCGAGUGCUUUCUUUCAUGCCGUCGGAGAUUGUUGUCAGAUUGUGAAACUGCUCAUUGUAUCUACUUUGAUGUGAUUACGUUCUGGAGUUUGAAAUUUUUUUCUAUUUUAAGGAAAAGGAAGUCACGAGAUGGUACCACUGUAGCUGAGACUCUACAGAAAUGGAGAGAUUACAAUGAGCAGACCAAGGCUGCUUCUUGCAACGAUGAUGGUGGUCUCAAGUCGUUACGAAAGGCUCCUGCAAAGGGCUCUAAAAAAGGUUGUAUGAAAGGCAAAGGAGGACCUGAGAAUGGGAUUUGUGACUACAGAGGAGUUAGACAGAGGACAUGGGGGAAAUGGGUCGCUGAGAUACGUGAGCCAGGUAGAGGUUCCAGGCUGUGGCUUGGUACUUUCCCUAGCUCAUAUGAAGCUGCUUUGGCCUAUGACGAGGCUGCAAGAGCUAUGUACGGUCAGGCUGCCCGACUCAAUCUUCCUGACAUCACGGAUGGCUCUUCUUUGAUUGCCCCCACUGUGUCUAGCUCGAUCACUACAUUGUCAGAUGAAUCUGAAGUUUGUGCACUGGAGGAUACACAUGUGAGAUCUGGUUUUGGUCACGUAAAACUAGAGGAUGGUGGGGAUGAGCUUGUUCCGUUGAAGAGCUCCAUGUGUGUUAAAGAGGAGGUGGAAGUAAAAGAGGAAAUGAGAGAGCUUAACUCAGCUGAUGCUUCUGGAAUUGAGCUGGCCCCGAAAGAGGAGACCUUAGAUGAGUGGCUAGUGGGGAUUGGCAAUGAACAAGAACCAUGGGACUUUGGCGUGGACGAAGUUUUUGAUGUAGAUGAGCUGUUGGGUUUAUUAAGCGAGAUCGAUGUGUCUGGUCAAGAGACAGCACAGGGUCAAGUUGAUAGAGAGUCAAACCUCACUUACCAGAUGCAGUUUCCAGAUGCUAACUUGCUCGGGAGCCUCGACCACACGGAGACUGCUCAUCAUUUCGUGCAGCCGAGUGAAACGGAGAACACUGGUAUGGAUUUAGACCCUCCCAGGUUCGAUGAUCUUGACAUAGAAGACAUAGAUUUUGAAGGAGGGGAAAAAGAUGAUCAAGGCGGGAAAUAAAUAUCUCAGAUUCAUAUGACUGGCCUGAUUUUGUGAUUGUGCUCCGUUGUUAAUUGUUUGAGCUUUUGACGCAUUGUAAAUGUCGUUAGGUCACGUAGGACAAGUUGGAAAAUGAUUCCUUGUUUUUUUUUUCUUGUGAAUACAUGCAAAGAAGUUUCAGACUUUGGAUACUGUAUAUGAUUUUCGAGCUUUGGA